GGCUCUCAUUCGCUAGAAGAUGGCGGACUGUGCCUCUCUUCUUGAUGAUGAGCUCUCCUUCUUUUACAAAUUCUUGACAGAAAAUGACGGGAGUGAGUAUGGAGAGGAGGUGGGUGGAGAACACUUGGACACAGAUUUCCCAGAAAUUGACCUGUCACAGUUAGAGUCGAGUGAUUUUGAUUCUGUCAACUGUCUUGGAGAGCUGCAGUGGUGCAGUGACCAGUCCGAAAUUUCCACGGCUGCCAGCCAUUAUCCCAAGACCGAUUCAGAGCUUUUUGAGAUAGACGAUGAUAAUGCAGCUCUGCUGGCUGCCCUCACAGAAAGUCUGGACGAGAUGGCUGAGGUGGAUGAGGUGGGGGGGUCGCCUGUGUUCCCCUCAUUGAGUGAGGGGUCUGAGGGGGAUGACGAGGAACCCCCCUCAGAAAAUGAUCCUUUUCCUUCCCCCCCCAGCCCAGAGACAGAAGACCCGUCUCUACUGAAGAAACUGCUUUUGGCUUCUUUCAAUGUGCCUCUCAAUUAUGAUACGCACAGACAAGGCAGCAUUCAUUGCCAUGGCAACAGAAGUGUCAAAUCUAGAUAUUCACGGCCUACAGUAAAGUUCAAUGGCAGCUACGAGAGAAAGUCCAAAGUCUUCCUGCCACCUAGUCGCCAGUGUACAGAGCUCCACCGACACCUUACUUCCUCGCCUGAGGCUGAAGAGCCGCCCUCGCCAUGUAGUGAUGGUGCAAGUGAUUCUGAGGAGGAGUCCUUGAGUGAGGCCGAGAUCCCCCCCUCUCCAUGUGGACUGCAGUUUCAGACAGCAGAGGAGCUGGAUUCUGUGGUAAAUCUGAUCAGGUACAUGCACCCCUACUGCCUUCCCACCCGCAAACACCCUAACCCCAACAGGAAGGAGGAGCGUGAUGGUGCAGCCUUGGCUCAGUCGGAUUGCCUUCCCUCCAGGACAACACCAGCAGAACCUACAUGGUUGAAGUCGGUUAAGCGUUCAGAAGGCGGUGGCCUUCAUCGGACAAGAUAUGCUCAAAUCAGACCAGUUGAUUCACAUUCUGUCCUCAGGGAGCUUUUAGAGACUGGUACGUCAUUUGACGUCUCUAAGCCUUACAGAAUCUGCAGCCCUCCCUACGCCACCCCUGGCUCUCCCAAACAGGGUCUACCUCAGCUCACUGUGAGAAGAGAGCAGCUCAGCAAGGCAGAGUCGCAACCAGCAAAAGUAGGCCAUGCCAGGGACUCGGUCUUGAGCAUAACGGAAGAGGGAGGGGAGCGAGAGGUUCAGAAACAAACUACAGAACCUGGAAAGGAAGCAGAAGGAGAUUCCUAUUCGGUUAGACGCUCUAGAAGACUGCUGUCCUGUCCUGGACGCUUUGCCAAAAAGCCUCGCAGAGCGUUGGGAAGACUCAAGGGUGAUAAAGCCACCACUGGAAAUCAAAGGAAGGAGCCGGCGCCAGUGAAGGCCAGCUGUCUGCAUUCCAAGGUGCCAGAAGGUCCAAAGCAUGGCUCCUUGGUUGAGAAGGAACCUGAAAGCAUGGCUCUUAAUGACACCUCAGCAAUUUUAAGCGAGAAGCGCGCCUCCUUGACUCUUCCAUUGACCUCCAAACAUGAGGGAGACACUGCCUUCCCCAGCAAACACUAUGAGCAGACACUGAGUGUGGAAUUGUGUGGAACAGCUGGCCUCACACCACCAACAACUCCACCUCACAAAACAGUAGAUGAUGACCUUUUUAAACCAGAGGUGAAAAACGACUGCCCUCAAAAAGGUUCUUGGCUGACAGUAGGGAGUGGGUUACGGUCACAGUCAAGGAAGAUUCUGGAGCAAACUGAACUGUAUGCAGAGCUGUGCCGAACAGGUACGAUGUCUGAAAAAGAAGACCAGCGACAAGAAGGCAGUGGCCAGACCGUUCAGCGUAUUUUUGGAGAUCACGACUACUGCUUGCAGAGUGCAGGGGAGCGACACAAGCGAUUGUCUGUUACCACCCUGCCUGGCGGCUGCACACAUGAGAAUGAGAAAGGCCUUAACAGUGGGCCCCAGUGGCAGUGUAGUCCACUUCCUGAGAAAUUGCACCCAUGCCAGCCAAGCCUGAGGAAUAAGAGCAACAAAUUACUGUCCCGCUCAGGAUCACCCCUGGCUCUGUCCCUCAGAAACACCAGGGAGCCUUACCUACGAUCAUCACGGGCACAAGUCUCUGGAAGUUCUACAGUGUGUUGUCAGUCUCGAUCUCCAAGUGGUCGACAAGCCUUCAGCUGUGAGAAUUCAGAGACCUGUCAUGUGGAAAAACAAAGAAACAAGACCAAUAAUGAGCGUCACAUGCUCUACGUGCAUAACUUGCGAAGCAAUGUCAAGGAGUCUGCACUUUGGCAUCGAUUUGAGGCGCAUGGAGAGCCUAAAGAGCGCAAGGUCACUGUGAAAGACAAAGAGCGAUGUCGACAAGCUGGCUCCACGCCCAAUGGCACACAAGACUCACAGACACAACAAAAGAAACGGGAAACCCCUUUCCAGAUAAGCUUUGGGGGUUUGAGAAAGUUCUGUAGAAAACGCUACAUUGACCUGGAUGAAGGUGGACCAGUACCUGUGAAGAGCAAGUAUGAUGCCAUGGACUUUGAUUCCCUUCUGAAAGAGGCCCAGAAGAGUCUGCAUCGCUGAGGGGCCUUAACAAGAGACAAGCCUCAGUACCUCAACCAGGGCACCUCUCAAUGUUUACGUGUUAAAAAUCGGGCGGUUCACUUAAAUAUAGGAAAGAAGCAAAGGACUUUGCCUCUUUUGUGUGAGAAAAGAAAAGGAAAAAAAAGUUUACAUUAAACAAAAGCUGCUUCCUACAUGUUUGUGAAGUCGUGUCAUAGUUGCCCUGUCCCAGCUUCACUGCUAUUAAACGGGCACUGCUGCGUAGCGACAUUUUUGUUUUGUUUUUUAAUUCUCUUAUUUUUAUUGUUAUUGUUAUUUUUCUGUUUUUGUCGCUAGUCCCAUUCCAUGCCACCCAACAGGGUCGUUGUGAAGUGCAUAUGUGUCAGUUUAGUGUCCGCUGGUGGAGUCACUGCUGAAUUUGCCAUCUUGAUGAGCUGCUUUACUGUUCACUAGAGUCGGAUGUUCAACUGUGUGUGUCCAUCUUGCAUACUAAGCAAGACCACCGAGAAAUGGGUUUAAAUGUCUAAUAAUUAUGUAGAAAUAUGAAAAGCAAAACACUUCCUGUUUGUAAUUUUUAGUGCUUCCUUGAUGUCAUCUAUGCAGUUGUAAUGAGGUGAUACACGUUUCCUCUUCCCUUGGUCAUUCAGCUUACACGUGCAGUGCUGGCAGUGCUCAUUGGGAACUGAGCCUGUGAGGUGAUUGUCUGUGAGAUUUGAGCAGUCAUCUUUUUGCACUUGACGCAGAAGUCGCUCUGGCACUUGUUUUGGUGCAAAAAUCGCCUUAAGCCCCAUCGCUGUCUCUGCUAAAUGAACCAAAAAAGAAAAAAAGCGAGCCUGAGACAACUGUGCGCAGCCCACCGCACAAUCGCAACGCCCAUCUGUGCCCCGACUGGCUGUCCUCAGUCGAUCAUUGCAAAGCAAUUUGUGAUUACUGAUGUUGCAGCUCUGCUCUCCUCGAACAGUGGUCUCAAGCCUCCAUCAAAAUUUGGGGGCUCGAAAGAUGGUACGUGAGUACGAACAAAAUGCAAAAGCCAGAGUCGGCCUGUGUGUCCCUAAAGAAAAGCGGCGCCGGCUGACCUGAAAUGAAAUCCGAGCAAUGUAACAAUUGGGGUCUCGUUCUUUACCAAGGUGUGACUAGGAGGUGCAGAUCCCCAUAUCGCUGUCUUACCAGAGGGAAUUUUUCUACCUCAUUUACAAUCUCUAUGUGCGUGUGUGUGUGUGUGUGUGUGUGUGUGUGUGUUUGUUAGCCUCUCUCUCCGUGUCCUCACCAAUUAUGUUUACUGAGAGGAGAAAGUGUGCAAACCAUCCUUCAGCACUUGCCUUGUUACUGAGAAUAACUGUUAUCUCAUCUACCUGUUUAACUUCUAAUAUACAUGAAUAUACAAAUAUAUAUAAAGAUAGAUACACGCGUAUAUACAUAUAUAAAUAUAUAUACACUCAUAUACUGUAUUUUGUGUGUCUUGUAUGUGCGUGUGUGUGUUUGUACGUGUCUGUGUAUCUGUAUCCUUUUGUGACGUGUCAUUUUUCCCGUAGCUCUGUGUACGACUUCAUUUUUAUUUUUAUUUUUUUGUCUUUCUUUUGUUUAUUUAUUUAUUUUUUUUGUAGUAACCAAGCUUGAAACACAGGCCAGCAGGGGUACAAGACUCGACUCCACGUGUUGAUUGUGUUCUCUGACAGACGACUCUGUCAUUUAACUUUCUCACAAGUUCCGCCCAGUUAUACGGUCAGGUGGGUCCUCACUUGUAUGAAAAUUCAUUGACAUCUCCCCCUCUUUUUUUUUUUUUUUAAUUAAUAUCCAGUUAAAAGAGAAUGGCCCCACAACAACAGAAUUAGGUGCUGCAAUGAACAAAAGUCUCCAUCAGAUCAAACUAUGUGGGGGUCCGUACUGAAGUUUCAAUUCUCACCUUUACUUUUCUGUGAGAAAAAUCGGGAGAGGUCUCUCCUACACUUUCUCACAAACUCAGAUAUGUGGAUGGAUAUUCGAGGAGUAAACCGCAAUACAAUGAUUAUAUUUUCUACAUUGAAGAACUAUCAAUAGCAAAUCAAAUCAAAUUAAUAAUAUAUUGAACAAUUAUUAUAAAAGUAAAGAUGAAUAAAUCAAACUCUGUAGUUGCAUUAAUAAAAAAGUACCACUUCUGGUUAGCGGAAAUCGCUCAAAAGUUGGUAGAAAUCUACGUUUUGUACCUAACACUUAUAUGCAAAAUUUAGUUGACCCAAGUGAAAGCAUCGUCAAGUUAUCAUGUUUACACACACAGACAGAAUUCCAAAAAUGGUAUUUUUAGACUCCGAGAGGUCUAAAACGUCGAGAUUCAUCAAUAUCUCAAAAUUGAAUUUUUGGACGAUUACAAGACUUUCCCCAUACUUCGUAUACAAGCAAGUAAAAAUGAACGUGUUUACAACUACUUCUCCUUGAGAAUGAUUAGCUGUGUAAGUACCGGGUGGCAGCAGUACUCCGAAGGCUGUGCCUGUUUGGCGUCCCCAAUUGACGGCUCUGGCGGUUAUUGUUUAUUAGGAAACUGAAGCUCAUCGGUUGUGUUACCCUAAAGAUCAGGCGGCGCGCCAGCCAUGCACUUGUACUUAGGCGUCAUACUACUGUACAGUGAGAGAACCUGCAGGUUUACAGUAUCUCGGCUACCUAAAUGUCGUACUUAUGGACUAACUUGAAAUGCGUGGCCCACGCUCGCUGUGUCAGUGUCGGUAGAGGACGAAUGGCUGCCAGAGAGAAAAAAACGAAAGACUUGGCCUUAGACGUUCAUUGGAUAGCAGAUUGUUGCGAAAUGGUGGUGUUGUGAGAGGGAUAAAGUACACACACACAUCUCCAUUGAUGAAAUGUACGUACACACGCUGCAUGAAGCCAUCAGACGAAGCUGCUAAAGAGUUCAUUUGCCGCCUGGGUGAGCUCUGCUCUUUUACACUUAAUUUGUGUGUGUUUUGGAUUCUUUUUAUCUGCAUAAAAAUAGAUCCUGGUAACAAACCGCUGGCCUCUCUGUGUACCGUCAUAGGAGGAGGAAUAACGAGUGCGUUGAUAGCUCACAAUUAAGACAGCGGCUGUACAAAAGAGUUGCACAAGCCAGCAUGUUUUCUCAGCUGCAUGGUGAUAGCUUAGGCGUGACGUGCCCAGCAGCAGUUUGGGGAGCCAUGCCAUUUCAGAUGACGUACAGCUUGGUGACAUAACGCUGUGCUCGAAUGACACUCGAACCUACACGUCACCAUCUUGGUAAAUAAAUGUAUCACCUUUCAGGGUAUCCGUUUUAAGUGACGCUGCUUCUCAGUGCUCUCGAGCCACUGGUUUCAUUGGUGCCUUGGCUGCAGUGGCCAUUUGUGCGUCUCCGUAUCUCUAAUAUACUCAUAUACUAUCGCUUUUAAUGCCAGGUUGAUCCAGCAGAGUUCUCUCAGUUACAUAGUGAGUCCUGUACUUUAGCGUGCUGGGUGGAAAUUAGGAGGACGUCUGUCUACAAUUUUUAACACAAAUGGUCACGAGAAUCUGGAAUAAAUUAACAAAGAUGAAGUAGAUCCUUAAAAAUGUCUGCUCAACAUAGUAGGAUUACUUGCCUAUUAUUUGGUAAAUGAAGAUGGUCGGUUAGGUUUCUUUUCCAAGACUCUUUGCACUUUAUUAAAAUUGCAAUAAGAAAAUCACAUUUUCUUUGUUCUCUUAGUGGGGUGUCUUUUAAAACAAACCCGUCCUGUCAUCCACUUCGAUGACGUCUCAUGCCAAUGUUCCAUCACACGACUCCAAGUCAGGCUUGCUGAUUGCUGUUGCAGUUCUCGUCGCUGUUCCAUGUCAAUUUACAUAACUGAAAAUCACUAGGCAUGUCAAAUUUAGAGACUUCUUGAUUCGCUGGGUCACUUGUGACUGCCUCUUUUUUCACGACCAAUAGAGUGCUGUCUGACGGAGCCGGUGCUGUACGAAGAGUUAACAGCUAUGGCGAUUUCAGUCACAGUCUCUGCCCUUUUCUUACUUGCAUUCUGUCGUGGUACAUAAAACACGAGACAUCAGACAGACGAGUUUCUCUUCUGUUUGUGAGAUCCAAAACACCGGAUGAGCAUUCCUUGGAGGUCAGCUGUCAUGCACACAAGGCCCAUCCUUACGAGUAAACCGAGUUGGCCAAGUUGGAGUGAGCCAUUGGGUUUGUUGGGUCAUGUGACUGGCCGUCACAGAAGGAUGCCACUGACUGCCCCCGACUCGCUAACAUUAUGUAAAUGAAGGCUACAACUGAACAUCACUGGAAACGUCCUCCGUGACAUGUGACAUGGCCUUUAGAGUCCAGUGAACUGCUCAGCUGGCAUUUGACUUUCCCUAAUCGAUGUUAGCACAACAAAUUAAUAUUUUAUAAACUCUAAAUCCAAUGUAGGGGAUUAGAAGUAAAAACAUGUUUAUUAAAAUAUACACAUUUAUUGUUGUACGAGCCAAAGUCACCAGCGUUGCCUGGGCAUAAAUAAAACAGGGUUAUACUUUAUUUUGGAAAUUUAGCACUUUGAGACAAAAAGACUUUACUUUAGGUAAAACCUCUAACCCUACCAGACGUACCAGACGCUGAAUGUACCCGUGGUCUCAGAUAAGAUUCUUUAGCUGCAACAAAUGUUUGUGCGUGCUGAUGACGAUAUCCUCGCCCCAGUGCACUCAUGCUGCCUGAUGGGAAUUGUAGUCCCCACAUCAGCACUGUUUUUUGGAGUUAUCCCCCUCCCAUUAUAACCCUCUUCCUAAUUCACUACAUUUUAAGUGAGAUCAACGGCAAGGCAUACGCAAAAUUUACUGAAAAUCAGUUCAGCCAUUUAUUUCAUGAUUAGCAAACCAACAAAGACAAAAACGAUCCAGACAACAUUAAUUUAUAUAGCACAUUUUCAUACAAAAAAAGUAGCUCCAAGUGCUUUACAUAAUGAAGAAAAGAAAAAUAAAAGACAAAGUAAGAAAUUCAAAUAAGACAACAUUAAUUAACAUAGAAUAAGAGUAAGGUCCGAUGGCCAGGGAGGACAGAAAACAGAAGACAUCCAAACGGAAACUGCUUACAAUUUCAUGUAUGUUUAUUGAUGCCUUUUAACACGGCAGGGUGAGGAUGAGGCUACGGGACUUGUGUGUUAUACAAAUGGAGCACAGGCAGGUUAAGUGAACCGCCCACAGUCACACACUGUGCCAACGUACCCUCCUGUGCCACAAAGGGCCCACGCUGAGCAGCAGCGAUACGAAGACAGACCAGCCCCAAACCUGUCUAGUCCAGUUCAGGGCCACGGGGGUCCGGAGGCUGUCUUUAAUAAGAAGGCCUUAAAGAAGCCAUCAGUGGUGACGUCCACCUUCAGCUACUAAGACGUGUUAGUUACGUGAAGCGCGACUUCAUCAUCUUCAAGUAACCAGCUACAUUAGCAAGGCCUGCUUGUUUAUUCUAACAUAAAAGUUGUCUCCCACUCAAGAGAAACUAAAACUUCUAAAAUUGUUAGAAACUUCUUAAACUUCUAAAAAUUGCUGUUUCAUUUCCAUCCAGUUGUCAGAUCUCACAAAGUAGCCUGGUGCUGAAAGUGGUACUUUUUACUCCUCACUUGUUGCGCCUCCCAGAACGUCCUCUCGUUUCUGAUGAAUCCAGCAGGUUCAUGAAACAUCUUUUUAGAACAUUAGACUGUCAUUUACGAGAACAAGCCAUUCAGUCCAACAAGCUCAUCCAUUCUAUUCACCGUGAAUGCCCAAAAUAAUAUGAAUUUGAAAUUUGAAGGUCCCUAAAGUGUCUGCCACACUACUUGGUCACUGCUUUUACGUACACUUGUGUGAAGUUUACCCCUAACAAGUUUCCACAGGUGCCCCCGUAUUCCUGUUGAAGUAACAGCUGGGGUCCACUGUACUAAUUCCUUUCAUAAAUUUCGAAACUUCACUCACGUCCCCUCUUAAACUCUGUUUGCGUACACUGAUGAGGUUCAGCUCCUUCCGUCUCUCCUCAUCGCUCAUACCACUCAGUCCUAAUCCGCCUCGUCGCUCUUCGGACUUUCUCUGGUGCUGCUGUGUCUAUUUUGGAAUAUGAAGACCAAAACUGCACACAGCACUCCGGAUGGGGCCUCCCCAGUGCGUUCUAAAGCUUAACUUCCCUGACUUGUACCCCAAACGUCGUGACAUUCUGUUAGCCUUCUUAAUGGCUUCUUGGCGUGAAGUGUGACGUAUGUAUGUGAGGUCCCCUCCAAGACGUGCACUUUAAAAAUUCUUUCAUGAAUGAAUGGGUUCUACCACUAAAACAAAAAAGAAAUUUGAAAAAUGUCCGUACUCACCAAAGUCUUUGAAAAUCUUUCCCACUUCAGUGGCACAGCGUAGCGGACUUUGAUGUAAUUAUGAGCUUGUUGAAGGCUGACACAUCAUCUGUUUCCGUUGUUUGAGUCAGACUUGAAAGAUGUUGAGUUUUCCUUCCCCAGAUGUGGCGUGACGUGAUGUUGUUCCUACCUAACUUUAUACUGGUGCUGUUUUAGCAUUAGAGAUGCGGCACUAAGCCGGAAUUCCGCUACACCCCAACUUAACUUUUAGAGGGCUGAAUAUUUUUUCCAAAAAACUCACUUUUCUGAGAACCACACACAGCCAUAGUUUCACCCAUAAAUCAACAUAAAACAUCUGUUGCUGCGUGUUGGUGUCUGCUCAGCUUCUCUGGCAGAAAUUCACGGCAGGCCGGGUGCCUGGAUGUCUUCUCGUUGCAGGUGGGCAUUGGCAUUCACAGUGCGACACAAUCUGAUUGGCACCUCUCGUCAUCAUAAGUGGCGGUCCUCCCGGGCGAAUGUUGCUGUAGGCGCACCAGCUACACAAACGUGUUCAGCACCGCAAUCAACUGGGGACCAGUGAUGCUGUUACCCCCCUUUCAAUUUGAUCUCCAUCUCCAGACUACUGACAGACAAGUCAGAGUUCGAUUCAGCGCAAUACACUAAACGUUGUCCAUUGAGGAUUUUGCUUUGUUUGGUCUCUCGUCAGAUGUCGAUGCCAUUUUAGAGGUUGUUUGCUCUUCGCUACUCAAGCACGUUCAAGGAAUCGAGGUCAAAUCAGUGAAGCAAAGAGAGUCAAAGUAAAACGUAACGGUGAGCUUUGUCGCCAUUUACAGCUGAUUACCAUCCUCUACCCCUGAAUUUCGACAAAAGUCGAUAUCCGCCCUGAAAGAGUUAAUAAUCACCGCAACACUUGCAUUGAUCGGGAGGGAUGAGGAUGAAAACGAGAGUGGCACAUACAGUACUCCCAUUGAACAUCAUUUCUAAUUUUCGCACUUAUUAGGCGUUGACCCCCUCCACGUUCUUGCUUUUGAUAAUCACAAAUGGGAUUCAUCUAACCAGCAAGAGAGAACUGACAUGGUGACAGCACUGCACUCAAGUCAGAUAUCCCUGGUGUCAGGGGGUGAGCCUCCCUCACACUGCUGCUGCUGGCGCGUGGACGGGGUUUUCCAUGUUGUCCGCACUUUAUUGUCCUCGAGUCUUUGACAGAUGCAUUUAAAGAAGACAGCUUAGUAGGCCGAGAGGCUUUACAGAAGGUUUAGAGCACAAGUCAUUUACUCAAAGGCUUCAUGGCGAGUAGAGAUUGAAGUGGUUUAAAGUCCAAUGUCCUAACCACUAGGGGGCAGCACUGCCUGUUGAGCGUAUAAAGAAAUGCCGCCCCCUUAAUUGGCUCCCACCUUAUGAACUGGCUUGUGGUGUGCUGUUCAAACACUCGUUGACCUUUAAUUCUUCUUUAGUUUUUGUGCCGAUUGUUCAUUUGAGCCAUUCGAUGUUUGCUUAGACGUCCCUGAACAACCCCAUCAUAGUGUCAGGAGGACGGGCGCUCCAUCGAUGUGUUAAAUCAGGCCUGGCUUGGGCUUGUCAUGUUGUCUACAGCGCACACUUUGUUAUCCCCAAGUAUUUAUUUAAGACCACUUAAAAGCUCAAGAUACGUUACAGUUGGCUUAAGGCAGAAGUCAUUUGUGAAAGGUUUCAUGGUGAUUAAUGAUUAAACUGACUUAAAGUUUAAUGUCCCAACCACUAGGGGGCAGCACUGCCUGUUUAGAGUAUGUUAAACUGUCUCCCCCACCACCAUCGGCUGGCUUCUCGGACACUCGCCGACCUUUCUGGAAGUAAUCCUGACACCUUGACUUCCAGUUUUAUUUCCUGUGCAGAUUGUUCUUUGGUCCGCUCGAUGUUCGCACAUCGAGUACGUCGUCCAGCGCAGUACGAGCGUCAGUUCACGUCAUUGGGGUGGGCUUGUUCUCGUCGUAGGGCGCGGUGUUUUUUUUUCUUUCCCUCCUGUUACCCGUUAGCGUACUGUGACUUACGAAACGCCACUUUGUAACGCAGCCAUAGUCGAUGUCGGGUGUGCACACGCAUGUGUGUGUUUUUUUUUGUGCACACACACAAACUACUGAAUGUGUGUAGAGGUAGCUGACUAAUUACGUCCUUUUCUUGUCCAAAGCUUUAAUGUUAUUUUUCCUUUUUUUUUUUUUUUUUUUCUCACCAUCCUGCCUGGGGUUCGACUUCAGGCGUAAGAUUUGAGCUCCGUGGACGUGGAGAUCUCCUGAGGCUCUUGUGGUUUUCCGUUUCUCCAUUUCCCCCAGUUUGAUUUGUUUACUUUGAAGAUGACCAGUGUGGUGUGAUGUAAAUUUCUGAGAGCAGAGCAGACGCCUCCAUUGUGUCCCGUGGUGGCCCCUCCGUGUCCACACAGUUGUUUGGUCCCACUCUGGAUCGCGUUGCGCCCGCGUGUGCUGCUCCUUCCAGACGGACCCGGCAGAUUUGGUUUUAUUUUUAAUUUAAUUUUAUUUUUUGGUGUCUCUGCUGUGGGGUUAUAGAUGGGUUGGGUUAAAGUGGUGUAUUGAACUUUUUGUUUCCUCCCGGUUUUCGUUUGUUUUAUCAGAUUUUUUUUUUCCUUUUUCAAACGGGCACUUGAUAUAUAUAUAUAUAUAUUUUUUGUAACUUUAAUUUAGUGUAUUUUUUGUAACUUUUAGCAGUAAAAUUGUAUAUUUUUAUGUAUGUGUGCUUUUUUAUUAUUUAUGUUGCAUGUAGCUUGAAUGUCUUUUAAUCACAUUCUUUACCCUUUUUUUGGUUUCUUUUCCUCCAUAUGUCUCUGACGUGUGAAAAAAAAAAAACGCAUUUCUGUAUUUUUGAACUUUUAAAAUUCCUCUAGUUUCAUAGAUAAUUUUACCAAAAUAGUUGAAAUUAUCUGAUGGUAAAAUAAAAAAAAAUCUAUUUUAAGUCGUGUAAAUAAUUUUAAAUGAACAAUAACUGUCUUUCUUUUAAACUAAAGAAAAUUUCUCUGGAGAGAUUGUUUACAUUAUUAAACUGUAGAAAUGUUGCGUAUAAACUGUAAAAUAAAGAAAUAAAUUUAUUCAUUGAUUUGCCUCCAAGUAAUAAAAACCCAUGUGGAAAAUAA